AUGAAAGAGAAGACGCUAUUAUUGAAAUAUUAUUUUAAUCAUUUAAAUGUGGUAGUAUUGGACGGUGAUGCAUUAGAGAAGGAGUUUGUUGUGGACCAGAUCAAUGAAGCUAUUGAAAAGAUCGAUAAGAUGAUCCAUGACAGGAUAUCGAGAGUGGAGACAUGGACGGGAACAGGAAAGACCUCAGUGAACGAUUUUUUCAAUCAAAAUACAGCAUGUGACAAUGAUUUGAUGUUCGAAAUAGAAGAUAUUGUGGCCACUAUGUCGUUUGUGUUGAACUAUAACACAAACACCACCCCUGAUACCCUCGCGAACAUCACAGUGCUUAACAAACUUAUAAUGGAAGAAAUUGAUUUUUUGGGCUUGUUAUCUAAUAGCUCGAAGAAGCACUUGCUGAAAUUAUGUCAUUUGUUGGGUCACUGGUCGUUUCCAGCUCACGAGUUGACCAACGAUGACUUGGUAUACUGUGUGUAUUUGAUAUUAUCCUAUGCCAUAAAGGAGGUGAAACGGAGUACCGAUUUGCAAUUUGAUCCAGAUGUGACAUUCCCUUCAUCUAACGAGUUGCUUGGGCUUGCAUUUAUGGUUAGAGAUACCUACAAGAAUGGAAAUCCAUUUCAUAAUUUCCGUCAUGCUGUCGAUGUAUUACAGGCUUGUUUCCAUUAUGUGAUAAGAUUAAGGUGCUUGCCAUGUUUCAAGCAGUUCAAGCACGAUCCUAAGGCUGACGAACUACUUGUUUUGAGGGCUGAAACUGCCUUAGAUACAGCAGUAGAGCUUGUACCCGUCGAAGACAAUGAGUUGCUAAAUACUUCUCAAAAGAGCAAUACAUCAUCUACUACGUCGAUAUCAGCUAAGCUUGAGACCAAAACAAGCCUUUCCGAUGGACUGGUCAUUGCCAUACAGAAGGAGACUGCUGUUAGUGAACUGAAUUCGGCUCACAUGAAUUCAAUUCAAACAUUAGCUUUGUUAAUAGCGGCUUUGGGCCACGACGUGGGGCACCCAGGUGUUACUAAUGCAUUCAUGAUCAAAUAUGCGGCUCCAACGUCGCUUAUAUACAACGAACGAUCAGUUCUUGAGCUGUAUCAUUCGGCAGUAUUCAUCAACAAAAUACUUUCCAUAAACUGGCCCCGCAUCCUUGACGUUGAUAUCGACGGCAAGACCAAAAUCUCCUUAAAGAGCUUAAUCAUUUCUUGCAUUCUUGCCACGGAUAUGGCCGAGCACUUUGAGUACAUUGACAAACUAGCCCAUUUCAAGGCUGACCAGUACAUUCUUGAUGUUAAUCGCGUGAAGCUCAUUUCGAGUCUCUUGAUUAAAUGUGCCGAUAUAUCUAACGUCACUAGACCAUUGCGUGUGUCGUCUCAAUGGGCGCUGGUUCUUGGGCGGGAAUUCAACGAGGUGUCAAUGUUGGAAAAGAAACUCUCUCUUGCUCAACCGGCUCCUACACUAGAUGUACACUACGACAAGGUCCCAAGCUCCUUGCCCGAUAUCUUGGACGCCAACCCCAACUUACACAAGGGCCAGAUCUUCUUCAUCAACACUUUUGCCGAAAACUUGUUCAACAACAUUGCCGAAUUAUUGCCUGAGCUUCGCUACACCUGCGACAUUAUCCAGGAAAACAAGGAGUUCUGGUUAAGUCGCUAG